AUGAAGGCAAAUAUCAGUGUACCAGGCUAUUCUGAUAUCAAUAAUGAUAACUCAUGGACGCAUUUUCAAGCACAUCUUUCCACGCUUCCGUCAUAUUCUCACAGAAAUCAACGAUCAAGUAUGCUAGUAGGAAGGCGUUCUAUACAACUCCUCGAAGAGUCAGGAGAAAAAGAACCAAAAUUUGUGAAAUUCAUUAUCAACGUGUACGGUAAAUGGGGUUUCUGGAUCACUCGAUAUGCUUGGCCUGCUAUGAUCUCUUGCCUAGUGCUUUCAGUGCUUGCAAUUAUCAAAAUAUCUUUGACACCGCAAGGCAAUAAUCUAGAAGGUUAUUCACCAUUCGAAGCACGCUCUCGCAUUGAAUACAAGAAAUAUUUGAACUUCUUCUCAGGACGUGGUUUGUCUGUAUCCACAUCAUUGUAUAUUAUAGCCAAAGAUGGUAAUUCUAUGCUUCGACCAAGCCAUCUUAAUGAUACGAUAGAGGUGCUACACUUGGCUGAAAACAAUAUUACAUUAUAUGAUCCAGUUACACGUCUCAAUCAAUCUUUCAAUCAAUUUUGCAAUGAAUUUUGUAACAUAAAUGAACCCGUGUUACAGUUUUAC